AUGAAUACUAAGUGGCUAUUUCGGUGGAGGUACCCCCAAUGGGGAAAAGCAAAAGCAUCACCCACGUUGCAUUACUUACAGCAGGCCAAAUUGUUGAGGACUAAAAGGAGGACGAAAUGGGUGAAGACUUCGCACAGAGGUACUGUAGAGGAAACGGACGAAUGGGUGAAGACUUCGCAGAGGGGUACUACAGAGGAAGCGAACGAAUGGGUGAAGACUUCGCACAGGGGUACUACAGAGGAAACGGACGAAUGGGUAAAUCUGAGCCAAGGCAGCAUGACUGCUUCCAUCCCAGGGGAAGAAAAAAACAAAUGGGAGACAGCCAUGUGGGGAAGGAACCCCCGUCAUGAAGAUAAACCCAAUAAGGAGAAGUACACACAAAAGGGUACCCCCCCAAAUGAGCAACUCCGCAAAAGGUACCAAGGGGUACAAAAAAAACUUUAUCAAAAGUACAACCACCAGGGAGUAGGAAGCGACCCAAACAAGGUAGAGACAUAUGAAAGGAACUACGAACAAGUGAACGAAUUAAAUAUCCAUCGAAUGUUACUUCUAGGAUUGGAAACACUUAACAUAAACGAAUUGAAUAAAAUGCAGAUCAACAGCUUCCUAACCAUACAGCAGGGAAAAGAUGUACUUAUAAACUACCCAGACGGGUCAGGUAAAACAAUAGCCUACUUAUUACCCCUCCUGAACAACAUAUAUUUUGUGCAUGACUACUUGGAAGAACUGAUCCUUGAAAGCUAUCAUGGAGGGAAAAAAAAAAAGUGCGGAAACUCUGUUCAGGAAAACUUCAAAUUUAGUAACAAUUUCGACUUGUACAACGAAAUGAGGAAGUACUUUCUCAAGUAUAGUCACUACAGGAGGAAUGUACUGUUGGAAGAUAAUACCACUCAGGUGGGUAAAAAAAUGAAUCAGAAAUUUCACUUGCUCCCAAAUCAUUUUGAUGAAUUGGACGAAGAAUCUAUACGGGGGUAUCCUCACCUAGAGGUGGAAGCCAAACAGAGAAACGUCAGCCUGAUGAACAAACUGAUAGAAGUAAUCAAAAUUAACAAAAUUAAUCUUAAUAACAUAAAUAGUGACCAUGCUAAUAGAGAAGAGCUAGCCAAAUUGGAAAACAUUUUAAUGUACAACUUUAAGGUGAAAGAGAAAGAACCCAACUGUGUAGCUUCUCCUCCAGACAAUGAUGAAUGCAUCUACCGAUACCUAACUAGGAACCCUUUACAAAUUAAUAAGCCAAUUAUUAUCCUAACUGUGAAUAAAGACAAUAUAAGUCAAAUUGUCCAAGUGAUAAAAAAACUGGAUGUGCUAAACCGGAUCAACAUACAAACGUUGAAUGACGUGCCUUACCAGGACAGAACUUAUUCCACUGUAGAUGAAAGAACACACAUAGAAUCACUCAAUGAAAAGGUGCAGAUGCAGUUAGAGAAAAACUCUCACCUAGAAAAUCUGCACGUGGUAAGAGUCAACAGAGUUCCCAACCCUGUCUUGUGCAAAGAUGAAAUUAUGUGGACCUGUGCAGAUAUUGUAAUUACCACUCCGGAUAUCUUUCUACAUGCAUAUCAAAACGAACGAACCAAACAGAUCCUCCCAUCUAUGAUUAUUUUCGAUGAAGUAGAUAUGCUGUUUCAGAAUAAUGCCUACAGAAAUACCAUGAUGAAUAUUUUUCACCUUGUGAAGAGGAGACCUGAGAUUUACAACCCGCAUAUUGAUAUUAGCACUGCAGGAUUGGAAGAUGUGGCCACCUCCAUUGAGGCUGCCUUAGCGAGCGGUGGGAAGGAAGCGGCUCCCUUAGCGAGCGGUGGGAAGGAAGCGGCUCCCUUAGCGAGCGGUGGGGAGGAAGCGCCUCCAUUAACGAGCAGUGGGGUGAAAGCAGCUCCCUUAGCGAGCGGUGGGGAGGACGCGGCUCCCUUAACGAGCGGUGGGGAGGACGCGGCUCCCUUUGGCCAACCCCAAGUUUUAAGCACCUUCCAAAGUGGACUUCACUCCGUUGUCAGCGACUUCGAACGUGGCCAAUUUGGAGACCUGGACAUGUCGCCUGUUGAGGGGGCCAAAGGGGGGAACCCUGCCGGGGAUUAUCACCCCAAAAACGCCUCCCACGGGAAAAAAGCCGCUGACCUUACCCCCCGGGCGAAGGAAAAAGCGCGAGAGCUUCCGCUACUCCAGAUGAUAUACGUCAGCUCGACGCUGCCUUCCGUGGGACAUACCACCGCGGGGAGUAUGCUGGCUGAACGGUUCAGCAACCUGGUCGAAAUCGUGUGCAGGGAGAACUACCACAUCCCCAGAAACGUGCGCACCCAGUGGAUAGAAUUGAACAGGGACAAAAUUUUAAGCCACUACCUAUUUAGCGGCGGGACGGGGGACACACACGAGGGGGAGGAUAGCUCGGGCAUCGCUGCCAAGGAUGAGGGGAACGCCACUCAGUAUAGCGGUUUCGCCGAUCAGCGUAGCGGUCCCCCUGCUCAGCAUAGCAACUCCGACACGCACCAUGGGGGCAGCCUGAAGGACGCCGCCCUGUCCAGCAAGAUCAACAAACUGGAGAAUAGCUCCUUCGAGCAUAGACUGGAUCUGCUAAUCCACGUUUUGAAAAAGUACCACGAGUGGUCAGCUAGCACAGAAUGGCACAAACACGCAGAAUUUUCUGAACAUGGUCAGGCGAAAAAGGAUACAACUACCAACCCCGAAGGAGGGGAAAAAAAAAACUUUGCAAGCCCAACAAAAGGGGGGAAGUUCCACCUAAUUGACAACAAAGCAGUUUACAAAACGAUCGUAUUUGUUAACAGCGUAAAGGAUUGCAUCCGGAUAUAUUUUUUUUUAAAAAAACACAACUGGCCCGUCUUCUGCUUUCACAAAAACAUAUCAAUAAAUUCACGGAUGCAAAAUCUGCACAACUUCCACCACUCGCACGUUGCCAUUUUAGUGACCACCGAUUUGUUGAGCAGAGGCAUAGACACCAAAAAUGUGGACCACAUAAUUAAUUUUCAUUUUCCUUCCGACGCGAUAACGUACCUGCACCGGCUCGGAAAAAUGAACAGGAGCGGCGAUGAUCAUCAUAAUGGCCUUAAUCACCAUAGUAACGCGGAACGAGGGCAAAUGCUGCACCGGCGGCACAUCCCCCUGGAGGAGGAACACAUUGGUGGAGAAGCACAAACGAAGUGGUCACAUCAAGGAGACACAACUUGGGAGUAUAUUCCAACUCAUGGUCAAGACAAAGACAACACGUUUCUCCGAACAAAUAAAAACUUUCUCGUGACAAACUUCUUAUCAUUUUCAAAUCUCCCUUUGGCACAGUCGAUUAGAAGUUGCGAUCAACAGAACGCAAGUUUGCUUCCCCUUUUUUCAAGAAAAAAAUCUUUCAAAAUGAAAAUUAAAAGAAAGGAAAAUAAUGCCCUUGGGGAGGACAACAGAUACAUCGACAUUGGGGCAGAGGAAGAGGAUGAUAUCAACAUGGAUGGUGAUUUUCCAAACGUGAGGGAGAUAGGAUCGCAAAGCCGGCACUCCUCCCACCAGGGAGAGGCACAAUUCGAGAACGGUCACUCGAGGGAGCCCUCCACAUGCGAGAAUGACGAGAAAAAUGUCUACGUUCAGGCGCCCUUCUCCGUUUUUUCGCUGGACGAUUUGGGCGAGGAGUCACACGGGAGCGACACAGAUGAGGAGGGAGCAGCUGCGGAAGGAGCAGAUGGAGACCUCACAGAUGGAGACCUCACAGAUGGAGACCUCACAGAUGGAGACCUCACAGAUGGAGACCUCACAGAUGGAGACCUCACAGAUGGAGACCUCACAGAUGGAAACCUCACAGAUGGAGACCUCACAGAUGAAGACCUCACAGAUGGAGACCUCACAGGUGAAGACCACACAGAUGAAGACCACACAGAUGAGGCAACCCCGCCGCAUAACAAAUUCGCCCAACGGAGAGCCGCGACAAAAGGAAAAACUGAAACAAAACAUAACCCGCGUGCUGAUGAUGACCACGCGGAAGAGUUCCCUGGAGAGACCCCCUCCUGUGAAGAAAAAAAAAAUCGCUUCGAAGAUAUCACCAGUCGAGAGUGCCUGCCGGUGAUGCCCUCCCUCGUGAUAAAAUCCCAUCCUGGGAUGACGUCCAAUUUGACAAGAAAAAAUUUCUAG